AUGUACUUCUCCAAGAUCGCCGUUCUCUUCGCUCUUGCCGCCACCGGCCUCUCUGCCCCGGUCGAGGCGGUCGACAAGCGCCAGGCCAACCUCCUGACCGUCCAGAACUACUCUCAGUUCCAGGUCUCUGACGGCGUUGGUGGCAACGCCCUCGGGGAGGUCGCCCAGAAAUUCCCCAUCGCUCAGCUCAAGGCCAACCUCAAGGGAGUGAGCAAAAACGACUUGGCCAUUCUCCAGGGCGCCCGUGUCGCCGCCGAGAGCGCCGAGACGGACGCCGGCGGCUUCAACGACGCCAUCGCCAAGGCUUCUGGAGCCGAUGCCGCCGCGCUCACCGUCGGCAAGAUCAAGAACAAGGUCCUCAAGCUUCAACUCGAGGUCCUGGCGCUCCAGGUCCAGCAGGCCCAGGGUGCGAACAACCAGGCCAAGAUCGACGCGGAGCAGAAGAAACUCGACAACAACGUGCAGCUCGACAAGGCCGCCGCUGGCAAGCCGAGUAAGAGUGUUGCCUUCAAUGCUACCUCCUAG